AUUUUGUAUAUAAGGGUUGUUAUAUAUUGGACGUGAUUGUUGUGUUGUGUAUAUGUAUAUGUAUUAGUAUGAGUGGUCGUCCAGAACUGGUUGGAACCGGUAUUGUAAUGAUUGGUAUGAGUUAUGGCGGCAUUCAAUGUGUUAUGAAAUGGUUGGAGACAUCGAUAGCGCGAAAUUGUAAUCAUUUUCACCAUUAAAUUCAAUCAACAAUUUAAUGACAAACCAAUUAACUGAUAAUUUUAUUAAGCAUUCAAUCAAUUGAAAGACAAUUUCAAAAAAACAAACAAACAAUUGAUUUGAAAGCGACAAACAAUAAAGUGUUUGAUUUGUUAGCAAAAGUGGCUUAAAGUCUAUGUUAUUGUCUGUUUGGACACAAUAUAUAUAAUACAAUAUUGAGAGCUAAAGGAAUUACUUCACCGACACUGUUAUCAACUCAUUGGUAACCACUUUGUUAUCAUCUAAUGAUAGAACAGAUAAAUGCAAACCCAAUGAACGCAACCAUUGAUAGCAUGAAGAAUGCCAUCAGUAGUCCGACGAAUGCGUUUUGCGGACAACCACAGCUCAAUGGCAAUGCUAUGACAUCACUGGCAGAUCAAGCAACAAAAUUGUUGGAUUUCAGUCAGAAAUUGGACAUCAAUUUGUUAGAUGGUGUCGUCAAUUGCAUGUACGGCGGUGAAGGUCAACAGCAACGUGUGGCCCAAGAGAUAUUGACCAAUCUUAAGGAACACCCGGACGCGUGGACACGAGUGGACACAAUACUUGAGUUUUCUGGUAAUCAAGAGACCAAAUAUUAUGCGCUACAAAUCCUCGAAAAUUUGAUCAAAACUCGAUGGAAAGUAUUACCAGAGAAUCAGUGUGAAGGCAUCAAAAAGUUCAUCGUCGGUCUCAUCAUUAAGACAUCAUCUGAUUCAUCGACACUCGAAAGAGAAAAAGUCUAUUUAAACAAAUUAAAUAUGAUUUUAGUUCAGAUUCUUAAAAGGGAAUGGCCUAAGAAGUGGCCAAAUUUUAUUAACGAUAUAUGCGGCGCAUCCAAAACCAAUGAAAGUCUUUGUCAAAAUAAUAUGAUUAUAUUAAAACUAUUGAGUGAGGAAGUGUUUGACUUUUCUUCUGGUCAGAUGACACAAGCGAAAGCCAAACAUUUAAAAGACACGAUGUGUCAGCAGUUCCGUGAAGUGUUCACAUUAUGUCAGUUCGUGAUGGAGAACUCUAAUAAUAUACCAUUAAUUCAGUGCACUUUAGAAACUUUGUUGCGUUUCUUAAAUUGGAUUCCUUUGGGAUAUAUCUUCGAAACGGGUCUUAUAAAUGCACUAAUAUUUAAGUUCUUAAGUGUUCCGAUGUUUCGUAACGUAACUCUGAAGUGUUUAACCGAAAUCGCAUCCGUUAAAGCUGUCAACUACGAGGAAAUGUUUGUAAUGAUGUUCACAUCAACAAUGACUCAGUUGGAACAGAUGCUAUCUCCCAACUCCAAUAUCAAAGACAACUACGCCAAUGGACAGGAUGAGGAACAGAAGUUGAUCCAGAAUUUGAGUUUGUUUUUGUGUACAUUUCUUAAAGAACAUUCACAGCUAUUGGAAAAAGACGAGUCUCUGCAAACAGUGUUGUUGGGUGCUCUUCAUUAUUUAUUAUUAAUCUCCGAAGUGGAUGAAGUGGAAAUAUUUAAGAUUUGUCUCGAAUAUUGGGGUGCUUUGGCCACUGAACUGUAUCGGGAAUCGCCUCUUAUGUGUUCCUCACCAUCUGUAAUGAGACCCCAUUCCGUUUAUGGUUCGACCCCUUUCUCAAUGGCUCCCCGAAGAAAGCUUUAUCAACCGGUUUUAACUAAAAUCCGAUAUAUAAUGAUUGGACGUAUGGCUAAACCAGAGGAAGUGUUGGUUGUGGAAAAUGAACAGGGUGAAGUGGUCAGGGAGUUCAUGAAGGAUACAGACUCUAUACAGCUAUACAAAAAUAUGAGAGAAACACUCGUCUAUUUAACACAUUUGGAUUGUAUGGACACUGAAAGGAUAAUGACUGAAAAAUUACACAAUCAAGUGAAUGGCACGGAGUGGUCGUGGAGGAACUUAAACACACUUUGUUGGGCUAUUGGAUCCAUCAGUGGUGCGAUGAGUGAAGAAGAUGAACGACGAUUUCUAGUCACUGUUAUUAAAGAUCUUUUAGGAUUAUGUGAACAGAAGAGAGGCAAAGAUAAUAAGGCAAUCAUUGCAUCCAAUAUUAUGUAUGUUGUCGGACAAUAUCCACGAUUUCUUCGGGCGCACUGGAAGUUCUUGAAGACAGUUGUCAACAAAUUGUUUGAGUUUAUGCACGAGACCCACGAAGGCGUUCAAGACAUGGCUUGUGAUACAUUCAUUAAGAUCGCACAGAAAUGUCGGCGACAUUUUGUUCAGGUCCAGGUCGGAGAAGUUAUGCCAUUUAUUGAAGAGAUCCUGACCAGCAUUAAUACUAUCAUUUGUGAUUUGCAACCACAACAGGUUCAUACAUUUUAUGAAGCCGUUGGUUAUAUGAUAAGCGCUCAAACUGACCAUUCAGUUCAAGAACAUCUAAUUGAAAAGUAUAUGUUUUUACCGAAUCAAGUGUGGGAUGAUAUAAUAAAUCAGGCCACCAAAAAUGUAGAUGUUCUCAAAGAUCCCGAUGCUGUCAAACAAUUGGGUAAUAUUUUGAAAACAAAUGUAAGGGCGUGUAAAGCAUUGGGUCAUCCAUAUAUGACUCAAUUGGGUCGUAUUUAUUUAGAUAUGUUGAAUGUCUAUAAAGUUAUGAGUGAGAAUAUCAGUGCUGCCAUUGCUCUCAAUGGAGAAGUUGUCACAAAACAACCACUUAUAAGAUCAAUGAGAACUGUUAAAAAAGAGACAUUAAAAUUGAUAACCGGUUGGGUUUCCCGAUCCACUGAUCCACAGCUAGUUUUGGAUAAUUUUAUCCCUCCAUUACUCGAUGCGGUUCUUCUCGAUUAUCAAAGAUGUACUGUGCCUUCAGCUCGUGAACCGGAAGUUCUCUCAACAAUGGCUACUAUUGUCAGUAAACUUGAGAAUCACAUCACUUCCGAAAUACCAAAAAUUUUUGACGCAGUGUUUGAGUGCACUCUUGAAAUGAUAAACAAAGAUUUUCAAGAGUUUCCCGAACAUCGGACUAAUUUUUUCCUAUUACUUCAACAAGUGGUAACUUUUUGCUUCCAAGCGCUUCUCAAUAUCCCUCCGACACAAUUCAAGCUGGUCUUGGACUCAAUCAUUUGGGCCUUUAAGCAUACGAUGCGAAACGUUGCCGACACAGGACUUUCAAUUUUAUUUAAACUAUUGGAGAAUAUUGGAAAUGAAGAGACAGUUAUGCAGAGUUUUUAUCAGACAUAUUACACAGAUAUUCUUCAGCACAUGUUCUCAGUGGUCACCGAUACAUCACAUACAGCUGGUCUGCUAAUGCAAGCAAAUAUAUUGGCCUAUAUGUUCUAUAUUGUUGAGUCCAAUAAGAUUACGACACCAUUAAAUCCAACCAUUCAAGCAAAUGGUAUAACAAAUGUCCAGUACGUCCAAGAAUUUGUUGCGAAUCUUUUAAAGACUGCAUUUCCACAUCUGACUGAAGCACAAAUCAAGAUCACUGUUCAGGGGUUCUUCAAUCUGGAUCAAGACGUGCCCGCAUUUAAGGAACAUUUAAGAGAUUUUCUCGUUCAGAUCAGAGAGUUUGCAGGAGAAGACAAUAGUGAUCUUUUCCUCGAAGAGAGAGAAGUCUCACUUCGACAGAAAGAGGACGAGAAGCGUCGCAUUCAACUAUCAGUUCCUGGAAUUAUUAAUCCACACGAAUUGCCUGAAGAUAUGGUCGACGAUGACAACUGAUAACUACAUUAUGUCGUCAAAUCACCCAAAAUAUCGAGAAUUUUUUUAUUAGUAUUAGAUAUUAAUAAGAUUUUUCAUAACAAAUCGAAACAAUGUUUUAUAUAAAAAAAUUUAGAUUAAUUACUGAAUACCAAAAUUCUAUUGAAUCCUAAAGUAGAUUAUAUUUGUUAACAAAAGACAGACCAAAAUUUGGAGAAUUUUCAGAGAGACAUGUAAUCAGCGAAAGUACUGAUGAUUUAAUGGCUCUCAAAGAGUCACUGUUUAUAAAUAUAUACAUAUAUUAUAAUAAUUUAGAUAUAUUUCAAUAUUUAUGAUAUGAGUGUAGUUUUUAAUUGAAUGAAUGAAUGAGUGAGUGAUUUGAGUAUAGUAUGAAUGUGUGUGUGAUGUGUGUAUCAGAUAUAAAAAAUCAAUUUAUUGUAAUUUUAUUGUAAAUCUUAAG